GAUUUGACUCCGGAAGUACUAACUACACCGGAAGUGAACCCUUGGCCCGACAGAGAGGAAGAAAGCAAUGGCGGGGGACACUUUAACGGAGCUUCUUUUUAUAGAUACGUUUAAACACCAGAGUGCAGAGUUAACCAACGUCGACGUGGUGCGGUUUCCUUGCGGGGUGCUGAUCACAGAAGUGCGGGUCAUUCCUCCGGGGAUUAAGGCGCACAGCAACUUACCUGACAGCAGAGCGUUUGGAGAGACGUCACCUCAUGCCUUCCAGUUGGAGCUGUUUUUUAAUAAUGCCACAAAACCCAACAACCCGACGUUCCACAGGCUUGGCAGUCUGGAAUAUGACGAGAACAAGUCCAUCGUGUUCAGGCCCAGUGGAAAGGUGAACACAGACGGCCUGGUGCUGCGCGGCUGGUACACCAGUCUGACCAUAGCGGUGUACGGGACCGCCGAGCGCUCACAUGGGCAUGACCAAUCCUCCCCUCCUCCCCCUCCACCCCCACCCCCACAGCAGCCAAGCGGGGCCAAGCGACUCGUUAAACAAGAGUGGGAAAAAGAUGACCAGUACAAUGGUAGCCCACCUAGACCAGCACCCAGAGGACCUCGUACUCCACCCGGGCCUCCGCCCCCAGAUGAUGAUGAUGAAGAGCAAGUCCCAGUCACUGUUGGUGUUGUCAAAGAUGAGCCAAGCGAGGGGCGUGACGACUACCUGGAGGCCGUGUCCCCUGAGAGGUCUCUGCCUGCUGACGAAACCUACUCCGAUGCUGAACAAGAGGAAGAAGGGGAAGAGGAGGAGGAAGAGGAGGAGCCAGAGGAGGAGGAAGAUGCCCGGACCGAGGGAAGCGUCCUGGAAGAGGAAGAAGAAGUGGAGGAAGAUGAGGGUGAUGACGGCUAUGAGCAAAUUUCCAGCGACGAGGAUGAUUUGGACAACGGUAGCUUCAAGUUGCCCACCUUUGACAUGGACUACACUCCAGAGGACCUGGCAUCUGUCCCACCUGUCCAGUAUGACCCGUAUGAGAGAGAACUCAGACCCCUCCUUUACUUCAUCCCUCCAUUCAAAACCCGCUUCGAUACCCAGUUUGAGAAGGCCAGUGUGGAGGAACCGAGGGACCCCGGUGGAACAGAAGCUCCCGCAGGUGGAGAGGAGGCUGAGGCUGUUGCACAGCUCAAAGAACUACUGGGGAGCAUUGGAGACGACAGAGAUGCCCGCUGGGUUACCGCUCUAGAGCAGGCCCCCGCACUGCUGGUCAAAGGGUCAGCUUAUUUAAUCAAACAAGGAGAGGGCCAGAUGGAGGAGGCCGUCAGAGUUUUGGUCAAGUGGUCGCUCCAAGCUCUGAGUAUGGAGAUCGCUCUCACCCAACCAAUCGCCCUAAAUCUCAGACAGUUGAAAGCCGGUGCCAAGCUAGCGUCACACCUCGCGGAGUGUCCACAGGGCCUCUCGGUGCUGCUGCGCGAAGGGGCCCUGGGUGUGUUGCUGGAGUUGGUCCAAGCCGACCACGUCUCCUCCACGCUAAAGCUGAAUAUCCUGAGGGCCCUUGGGGCGCUGACCAGCACCCCCGCUGGCGCAGAGGCUUUCCUGCACACGGGAGAGUCCGAGAAAAGUGGCUAUCAGCGUUUAGUCCAGCUGUUCCUGCGUGAAGAAACAGUGAGGGUCAUAACAGCUGGCAAUACCAUAUUGCAGAAAAGCCACAUGUAUGAGAUACUGGUGGACCUGCAACGUGCAGCAGAAGCAUGGAGUGAACCCCAACCGGUACACGCACACUCAUAUUAUCACACGCAUCACUAACUGCACUGACUUAAGUCCAUGUCUCGUGAUCAUCAUGUCUGCUAUCGUUGUCAGGAGGAGAUGGAGGAUGCUGACAUCUCCAUGGAGGAGGAACCAUCGCUAAGCUCCUCUCCUGUGAGCGAGGCAGAGCUUGACAGGCUGGCCGGGGUUUUGGAUGAGCUGCAUCACCUGCUAGAGACGGCCCCUUACUGCAUGGUGCAGCCCCCAGGGAAAGCCUUUCCUACUACUGCCAGAAUAACGGGACCACAGGAGAGAGACGAUCCGUACCCAACACUGUAUAGGUACAUGCAUGCAUGCCAUUUCCUGGAGAGCAUGGCAGCGGUGUUGUCGGCAGCUGCAGCGGCGGGUCACCUAGGGGUCACCCAAGCCAUUCGAGAACUCCUGCGCUUCCUGUCUCUAACCCAGUCAGGUCUGCUCUUCCUCCUCGCCCAGCCCACUCCCACCAACCUCCUGCUGCGCCUCCUGGGGUCCAUGGCCGAGGCAGAAAGCGAGGAGACCACCUUCACAGGGGGAGAGGGAAGCGUGUCGGGGCCGGGAUUCGGCGAAGAGGGUUUUGGCGUGUGGCUAAUGCAGGCGCUGCAUGCUCUGCAGGGUGUGUCAGAGCUCAUGAGCCACGUGGCUGCAGGUGGAGAAGGGGGAGCGGGGCUAGAGGAAGGUGACAACGCAGAGGUGCUGGGAAUGCUCCACGCGCUGUACCUGAUGACCUUCACACAGACAGGGCGCAGCGCUGUGGCCCACGUCCUCAGCCUGGACAACAACCUGUCGUGUCUGGUCACUCUGCUGCAGCACCACAGCAAGGACGGACACGGUGAGGCCAAAGCUCGCAAAGCAGUGACAUAUAAUUAUGCCUGUAUGCUGGUGUUACUGGUGGUGCAGAGCUCUAAUGAACUGAGGAUGAUGGAACACUAUGCGGCCCCUCUGCUCGCCAUAGCCAAAGCUGACGACACCAAUGCCAAGUUACAGGAACUUAGCAAAUGGCUCGAGCCACUGGAAAAACUUCGCUUUGAGAUUGGCAGCAUUCCUACACUCAUAGACUACAUCAAACAGAAUAUGGAAAAUGUGUUGACUGCUGAGGGAACUGGACUUGUGACUUCUCUCAGGGUCCUUUGUCUCAUCGCCUGCCCCCCAACCGCUGUAGAAGGUCAGCAGAGGGAUCUUAAGUGGAGUCUUGCAGGGGUCCAACUGUUUUCCGGCGAGGGCCUGGAUAUGUGUGUGCGUGUCCUACAGAAGCUGUGCAGCUUGUUGCUGCAGCCGUGGCGUGUGCACGGACACAUGGGCCCCACGCCGCAGCGCUGCAUGAUCCUCAGUAUUUGCAUAAGCACACUGCGGCUGCUGCGCACCAUGCUGACAGAGCUGCUGCGCGGGGGAGCGUUCCAAUUCCGGGACACCCGUGUGGCCAGCGUCUUGGUGACGCUCCACAUGAUCGUGUGCUCCAUCCCCGCGUCCGGACGCCUGGAGGGAGAGGAGACGAGGGUGCAGGCGCUCAUUGUUGAUGUGCUGCUCACCUUCACGCAAGGUGUCAAUGAAGAGGUGACUCAUACAGAGGAGACUCUGGCCAGUAACACGUGGUCUCUGAUGCUAAAAGAGGUUUUGGGCUCACUGCUGAAAGCUCCGGAAGGUGUGUUCUCUGGUUUGACACUGCUGUCUGAGCUCCUGCCUCUUCCACUGCCCAUGCAGAGCACUCAGGUGAUAUCCGUCCAAGAUGUGGCCGUAGCCUUAAACACAAGGAAGCUGUGGAGCAUGCACAUACGGGCACAGUGGAAAGUGCUCUCCGAGGCGUUGAGAUGUGUGUGUGCCACCAGCUGCCCUCCUCUCCUGGCCAUGCUCAGGAGAAUGUGCGUUCAGCUGGCGGAUCUAUCUUCGCCCACCGCACUACUCAUCGAGAAGACCGUGCUGGAGCUGCUGCUGGAGGAGCUGCAGCCGCCGGAGGGGAAAGGUGUGUGCUGGGGCCAGGUGCUGCGCCUGCUCUCCUUGAUGGACGCUCUGGUGUCACAGAAAGCGUGUAAGAGCGCGGCACUGCACCUUCUGUCCGGGUCCGUGUCCGGAGACGAACAGGUGGCCGAUCUGUUCCCCUUGCUGCUUUCUCUGUUGGUUCCACCAGCCGGCCACUCCUUACCGCAACAGCAAUGCAGCGAACUAGUGGGCACAAUAUUACAGUCACUGUGUGACCAGGACAUUUCUCUGGUGGUUUCUCCACCUGGGGAAAGCUGCGUGUCCGAAGCAGAGCAGCUUGCCAAUUCCCUUCCAGUCCGUGAGAUGAUGCCAUUGGUGUGCAACGCCUUGUUGGAGGUUUUAGGGACUUCAGAGUGCAGUGUUCCACUCCUUCUCACCUGUAUCAGGACUUUGACGUUCCUCACUGAGCACGACUAUGGGCUCUAUCACCUCAAAGUAGCUCUGAAGAAGUAUGGUACUGGUUUAUGUUCGCUGUUGAAGAGAUUGGUGUUGGCCUUCAACAAAGACUCUGUAGAUCUGCUGUCAGCUCUUCUUGACUUCCUGAGACAGAUCCUCAACACAGAAACAAUGUGUGUAGAUGAAGUCCAGGGCUCCGGCGACGAGUCUGUAUUUUCUCCUCCGCGGUUGCUAACGGGCUCUGAGAUGAAAGCUCUACUGCAGUGAGAGGAGUCUGAAACCCAUCCGCUUCCUACUUUAGAGAACAGAUUACGGUAGAUUUUAUACAAACUAUGUAAGGACGAUGAUUCACUGGAAACGAUGCUGGAGACCGUGAUUGUUCUGAGGCAGACGCUGGAAACGGCCACUGACACGCCUGCUGCAGUCGACACCGAGCCUAUUCUGCCGGCUCCCGAGGCACUCGGGACCCAGUUUAAUCACAGGACGGUAUUCAUUCUGUCUGAGGCUCUGGAUGAGCAGCUGAAGACUCUGUGGUUCUCCCCCUUCCAAACUGACGACAUCGAAGCGGACCUCGACAUGGUGAAGGUGGAUCUGGUGGGUCUGGCUCAGGAGUGUUGUCCAGAACUGGACCUGAAGGCGGAGCUUGAGCGCUCCUUCAUGUCUGAGCCCUCCUCUCCUGGCGACAAUAAGGCUCCAAAAGGCUUCCGACUGGGCAAACACAAGCAUGAGACAUUUAUUACGAGCGGUAAAUCGGACUACAUCGAGCCUGCUAAGAGAGCCCACAUCAUGGCUGCUCCUCGCGGCCGUGGAGGUCGCGGAGGCUUUGGACAGAACCUCUGUCGACCACAUGACAUCUUCCGCCAGCGCAAACAGAACACCUCCCGACCUCCCAGCAUGCACGUGGAUGACUUUGUGGCGGCAGAGUUUAAAGACAUCACAACCCCUCUUGGACUUUUGCCUCCUAAACGGCCGCCCAAGAGCUCUCCCAAACCCCCCACCAGAGGACUGUUCACUGGUAACCGAGGCAGAGGCACCUUCCACAGCCAGACUCGCUUUUUCACACCCCCGCAGCCUAAAGGUGUACUGCUGUCAGGUAACUACACUCGCAGAGACGGAGGCCGUGGUUCAUCAUGGAGCGGCCAAGUUCCAGCUGUCACUCACAGAGGAACCUACAGUGAACCACGCGGAGGCCAGAGCAACUUCACACGUGGCCCCCUGCCUUCCAGACAACUCCCAGCAAGUGCAUAUCGGCUGGCUCCACGGGACAGAGCCCCAAGGGGAAGAGGAGGCGCUGGGCUGUCCUGGCUUAGCGGGGGAGGAGGCGGCGGUGGUGGUGGCGGUAACGCUGCCGGCGGCGGAGGAGGUGGCGGCGGUGGUGGGGGAGGAGGGGGGAGAGGAUCUCAGGGUAACAAAUUCAGUGGUGGGGGAGGGAAUGGAGGUGGGAGGGGCAGACAUGUUCGCUCCUUCACCAGGUAAAUUCACCGUUGAAAUGACUGCAGCCCCUCACUGCAACAUAUGGACCAAUAAGGAUAUUAUAUACACCGUUGCCAUGGAAACGUUGUGGAUGAUGUCGCAAUGACGUAAAGACUGUGUUGAUGUUUUACGUUUUGUUAUGAGUUGUAUUUUGGAGAAUAAAGAUCAUAGUAACAAA